AUGUCUGCAGAACCAACAGCCAAUGACACCAGUUCUCUGGGUAUAGAUAACAAUGCUCAGCUCGUGGACGAGAUAAAAGAUAUUAUCCAUGCUAAUCGUGACCAGCUAUUUGAAAAUAUUGAAAAGGAGGUGGAAAAAGACUUGGUUGAAAUCAAUCAUUCAAAUCUCUUAAGAAACUUUCACCAUGUUAACUCUCCAAGCUCUGUUGAACCCCAAUUAACAAACCUGUGGAUCUCUCAAAUUUAUACCUUUAUCGUACUGGAAGUUUUGAAAGUUGAUGCAAUGCGCUUUCCUAAGAAUAACAAGAUUAAUGUUGAUUACGGUCCCUUCAGUUUUACUACCUUCAUAAAUUUAUGGAAACUUCCUUUUUCCAUUGCAACCUCAACCAAUGUUUCACUAGAUGGAAGAGAUAAGAUGAUCCUGAAAGGAUCAUCAAAUCAAUUGACCAGAAGACUAGCAGACAUAGAAAUUGAGAACUUUUCCAAAGUCAAUUAUGAAGGCUACUUGUUGAAAAACAUUAAACAAAUGGAGGAUGAAGUUUUUGAUAGGGUUAGGAAAUUGAACAUAAGCUCGUACAUACCAAAAUUGAAAACUUUAUUGGAUUUAACUUCAGCUAUCUGCUUUGAUUGCCAUGAAUACAGGCUAGCUGCUGUUCCAGAGAAAGAUCUUGCAAGUCAAUUUUGUUAUAGAGUUAUAACUCCGGUGGUGGAAUUUCUUUCAUUUGUUUUCAGUAUAACAUUAACAUCCCAAGAAGACUGUGGUUUAAAAUUUGACAACACUUUACCAGUUGAUGCCUUGCAAAAAGAAUUAGAAGGUUUAGGAGCUACUAGUUUACAUGCUGAUACGGUUGUUACCAUGGUUGAUCCUGAUUCUAGUGAUAAAGAUAAGAGUGACAAGAGGGUUUUAUUAAUUGAACACAAGAAGCCUCCAUUGGUCUCCCAAAUGCGUUUACCAGAUGAUUUGGAAAAGAUCAAGGGUAUUUUGUUGCAGGUAUUUUCCUACAAGGCCUGCUCAAAUGAGUUAAACUGUGGUAUUAUCAAUGAUCUUUAUGGGUCUUUGUUGGUUUUUUUCGACUCAAAUGAUUUCAAGCAUACUGAAGAUGGCCUGUUUACUUUGAAGAAUGUUCAAUCUUAUCAAGUUAACGAUGUUGAGUUUUUCCAUCAGGUGGAUGAUAAUGAAAAGCAUCAUCUCACUUCUAGGAUUAUUGUUUCAAUGAUGAUUUACAUGGAAAUAAAGAAAUAUAUGAAAAAAGAUUCUGAGAAAGGGACCAAGACAACCCAGCCUGUUUCUGGUUUGGAGCUCAAGAUGGAUCAAAGCAACUAUAGGGUGCCUCUGAAGGUCCUGAAUUCAAAGGUUAAUGAGUCCAUAAAAGAUCUGAAUCUAAAAAAGGAUAAAAAACUUUCAACCUUGAAAAGUGAUGAAAAAUCAAAAGGCCAAAAAAGGGUAUUGAGAUCAGCAACAAGUGGUAAAGCAAAAAGAAAGAAAGGUCUGAGACCCUGA